GCUCUGUACAUUAUUGACGGAGAAAAGUUCUCAAAAAAGUUUUUACUGUUAUUAUAUUUGUGCUUAUAACUGUGACUACAGGGGUUUCAGGUGAGUACCAUAUGUGGAAUAAAUCAGCACAAACUGGGGGUUCAGAAAAUAAAAAAUCCAUUGUUUGAUUUGAUACCCACGAAAAUUAGUAAAGAAACAUAGGGAAGCAGUGUGGAGUAGUGAUUAGGGCUCUGGACUCUUGACCGGAGGGUCGUGGGUUCAAUCCCAGGUGGGGGACGCUGCUGUUGUACCCUCGAGCAAGGUACUUUACCUAGAUUGCUCCAGUAAAAACCCAACUGUAUAAACGGGUAAUUGUAUGUAAAAAUAAUGAUAACUUGUAACAAUUGUAAAUCGCUCUGGAUAGAGGCAUCUGCUAAGAAAUAAAAAAACUAAUGAAUGGCAGGAUGAAAAUAAAAUACACUUUUUAGAAAAAAAGAACAUGUGUUGUCAAUAAAAAAAAAUUUUCAGUGCUCUGAGUAGAAAAAAAUGUAUUUUACAAUCAAACUUCAAGGUCUUGGGAGCAUGUCUAAAAUGAAAGAAUUACAAUUGGAACACCAGAACAAAAGUUACAGUCAUUUAUAACAAAACUAUAGAAAACGCAAGAAAUACAAAAUAAUAUAUAAAAGAAGAACAUGAUCAAAAACAGGGAAACGCAAUAGUUUUUAUUUUGUUUGGCAAUGUUUUCUUUGCUAUCCUGCGCGUCUGCUCCAUCCAGUGCUCUCUCACACAGCGUUAAGUAGUCAGUCAAAUUCUCGCCGAUGUAAAUGCCCAUAUUGGGUAUAAUUAGAAAGCCACAGUCCGCCCCUUUCCAAGAGUGACAACCAUAUGCGCCUAUGAUAAACCGCUCACGUGUACUACGUCUUAGAAGGCCGAGCCCCGGGGCGACCGCAAUAAGCUAGACCAAACUCAGAGAGAAAUCUGUUAAGUGUGUUUGAUACAUUGACAGAUAUCUAGAGUCGUUAUUUUGUAACAUUAAUGUGAAGGCAGACAAAUACUCCAACGUAGAGCACAACACCGUAUAUAUUUGCGCUAAGUUAGCUAGCUUGCUUUCUUAAUUUCACAUUUCCCCAUCGUUUUCUUGAGGACAUGUAUUUUUUAACUUAUAUAUGUGAUGCAUUCAUUCAGUAACCUACGCUGUCGCUAACCUGUCUGAAUUAUUUGAAGAGGUCAGGUCCUUUUGUUUGUACCGUCUUAAAGCACCGUUUGCAUAUGCGCAUGGAUGGAUCUUUUGCUUUGCCCUGCUCAUUCGCUUCAUAAACUAAAUACUUCCACACAGCACUCCUGCUGUUCUCUUUUUCUAAGAGCGCGGGCCGCUGGGAUUGUUUGCCUUCCAUCUUAACCUUUUACUCCUGAAUCCUGGCUGUCUCGUUGUCGUUGUUUCCACCUGGAGUGUAUGGUGUCCCUGCACGGACAUAAACGGAAGCUUUAACAUGAAGACUCAGUCUUUGACAUGAAGGACGCAAACACGCAAUUUUCAUUAUACAAGUACAGAGUGCUCCGAUACUUUCUGUUUUUCGGUAUUACCGAAUGCAUAAUUAAUGAAGCUCAGAACUGUUUUUGAAAUUUGGUAUCACGGUAGUAUCAAAGUAUCGGUAUUUUUGACAACCCUACAGUGCAUUUCAUUUUUAAUUCAUUUUUAAUUCUCAGCAGUACACUUCCAAAUUACAGUCCCAGUUAUUCCUAUGUGUUCAGCUUUCACCUUAAAAUAGUCAGUUUGAAAAAUAAACUUAGUUUUCACCUGCAACAGCUGACCCUGCUUUAGUCCAAAACUCAGCUACAUGCUGUUUUUCAUUAUGCUUCUUUGGCUGAAGAGAUACAGCUCAAACAUUAUCUAACUAAGGAACCUGCUGCGUAGUUAAAUCAUCCUUAACUCCUGAUGGUAAACAGUAUAACCAAAUCUAUUAUUUCUGCGAUAGUUUUAGCUGCUAAGAAGAUGCAACAGACGAAUAUGUUGUUAAAGUUGACUCAAAACUUUAUUUAGGCACUCUACGAUGUGACUGGCGAAAGAUAACUUGAUUGGAGUUCACAAAGAACACCUUUUUCAGCUUGAUACGCUUUCCGGAACCUCCUCUUAUGUGUGAGGCUUUGGAGCCAAACGUUAAACUGAGACAGGCAGAAAGGUUAUUUGAAGGCCAACUUAUUGGGCCAGAGUCUAUGGCAAAUAUUGGAGGUGUAUUGUAUACCGGAACAGCAGAUGGGAAAAUUGUAAAAAUAGAAGAUGGUAAAAUGCAUACCCUGGCAACAUUAGGAAGAUCUCCCUGUGGGACUCAAAAGGAUGAGCUGACCUGCGGACGACCCCUUGGCAUUCGAGCCAGUCAAAAUAGAACCUUGUUUGUUGCUGAUGCCUAUCUUGGAAUAUUUGAAGUGAAUCCAUUCACAGGUAAAGUGAAAGUGCUCGUGCCUGCUCAGAUUCCAGUCAAUGGCAAGAGUCUGUCUUUUGUGAAUGACCUUGACGUCACACGGGACGGUAGAAAGAUCUACUUCACAGACUCCAGCAGCAAAUGGCAGAGGAGGGAUUAUGCUUACCUUAUCAUGGAGGGUAUUAAUGAUGGACGCCUCUUAGAAUAUGAUACCUUUACAAAAGAAGUCACUGUUCUAAUGGACGAUCUAAGAUUUCCCAAUGGAGUCCAACUUUCCCCUAAUGAGGAUUUUGUGCUGGUAGCAGAAAUGACCAUGGCAAGGAUCCGGAGGUGUUAUGUGUCGGGGCUGAAUAAAGGCGGUCUCGAUUUGUUUGUUGAAAAUCUUCCUGGUUUUCCUGACAAUAUUCGCUCAAGCAGCUCAGGAGGUUACUGGGUUGCAAUGUCAGCUGUGCGCCCUAAUCCGGGAUUUUCCAUGCUUGAUUUCCUAUCUCAAAAGCCUUGGAUUAAAAAGAUUAUUUUCAAGCUUCUUAGUCAAGAAGCACUGAUGCAAUUUAUACCGAAGUACAGUCUUGUGGUGGAGCUAUAUGACAAUGGCGUCUGUAAGAGAAGCUUCCAUGACCCACAUGGCGUUGUGGCAACGUACGUCAGUGAAGCCCACGAACAGGACGGGUACCUUUACCUGGGAUCCUUCAGAUCACCAUUCCUCUGUAGACUCAAUCUAAGCGAAGUGUGAUUCCAGCCUGGGGACGGGACCGCUUUUUAUACAAUGUUGCUGUGCAGUUAUUUAUUUGAUUUUUAAAAUUAUUAUUAAAAACAAAUUCCCAUUGAGUAUAAUAAUUUCUUCUUAUUUUACCAAAGGGAUAGAGUUUCACAGAUUCUGUUUGUAAGGGCUUAUAUUGCUUUUCAAUACCUGUCUCAUUCAUGGCUUUUUGGUGUGGAAAUCUUUUCAUUUCUAUCUGCCCAGAGCACAGGUAGACCAUUUGUUCCUCCAUAGCCUUGUGACCAAACCAACAACCUCCCAAACCAAAUGCAUGAGCUUACUCCUUAUGGCUGUACAAAUGUCAUUUUCUAUUGUAUGUGUUCAGCUCUAUAACUAUAUUUGAAUAGGACUUUUUGCAAAUAUAAUGAGCUGUCAUAUCGAGCCAGGGUUCCAACUGUUCUGUUCCCUCGUCUCAUGUUGCUAUCUGCUCUUUGCUCUAUGGCACAUAUGCUGGGGGUGGUAGGGGUGAUGCACAGUAUAACUGGCCAAGUGUCUUUUUAACUACCCUCUGUAUCUUCUAAUGUUAGACCCAUUGCUCUGGUGAGAUGAUUUUUUCAUUUUUUAUUUGGAUAAAUACUGAGAAACACAUUUUAAAGAGUCAUUCUAAUGAGCUCAAGCUGCACUUGGUUAUAAUUAGUUAAACCCCACAGCUAUAAGACAUUAACAUCACAAUGCCAUGACAUAAAGUCUAAUUGAAUUAAAUGUGUCUUUAGAACAGUGGAAAAGUUUUUAUUUUUUAAUGAAAGUCACAGAAAAUGGCACUACAUAUGCACUGUAUUUCAGCAACUACAAUUCCAAAGUCAUUGACAUCAGAAAGUAAUAUGUAUGUAUGUUCCAAUAAAAUACAAACAGAAAAAGUA